GAUACUGUUGUAAAAUGCAGAUCUUCGUGAAGACCUUAACAGGCAAAACCAUCACCCUUGAGGUUGAGCCAUCUGACACUAUUGAGAAUGUCAAGGCCAAAAUUCAGGAUAAAGAAGGUAUCCCACCAGACCAACAGAGAUUGAUCUUUGCUGGCAAACAGCUGGAAGAUGGUCGCACUUUAUCAGACUACAAUAUUCAAAAAGAGUCAACUCUUCAUUUGGUAUUGAGAUUGAGAGGUGGUAUCAUUGAGCCCUCCUUGAGAAUCCUGGCUUCAAAGUUCAACUGUGACAAGAUGAUUUGCAGAAAGUGCUAUGCUCGUCUGCAUCCUCGUGCCACUAACUGCCGUAAGAGGAAGUGUGGUCACACAAGCAACAUCCGCCCCAAGAAGAAGCUCAAGUAAACUUUUUAUUCUCAUGUAGGCCCAACUGCGUGCUGUUAUUGGAGGAAGUUUACACUGGCAAGUUUGCUUCUGGGGUUCUCAUGACAGUCAAUAAAUUUUGUUGCCUUUAUU